AUGUCUCAUUUUAAAUUAAUUUCUACAACUAAAGCUUCAGAUGUUGUGCCUGUUAAAAAGUACGUGUCUGAAAAGACCGGCUUGAAAAUUAUUAUUGCCGACGUAGAAGGACCUGUCGUGAAUGGUUUUUUCUGUCUUGCCACUGAAGCUCAUGAUGACGAUGGCCUCCCUCAUACAUUAGAACACCUAAUUUUUUUGGGAUCGGAACGUUAUCCUUACAAGGGUAUCUUAGAUUUGUUAGCCAAUCGCUGUAUGGCUCAUGGAACAAACGCUUGGACUGACACUGAUCACACUUGUUAUACCAUCUAUACUGCUGGUGAUGAAGGAAUGUUGACCUUGCUUCCAAUUUACCUUGAUCAUAUUCUAAGGCCUACCCUAACAGAUCAAGGGUUUAUUACGGAAGUCCAUCAUAUUGAUGCAGAUGGAGAAGAUGCUGGGGUGGUGUAUUGUGAAAUGCAAGGCCGUGAGAAUUCGGCUGAUAGUAGAUGUGAAAUAAGAAUGUUACGUGCUAUGUACCCGAAUAGUGGCUACUCAUCAGAAACUGGAGGUAUUAUGGAAAAUCUGAGAACUUCCACAAACAACACCAAAGUAAGAAAUUUUCAUAAAAAGUUCUAUAGAGCUGAAAACCUCACAAUAAUUCUCACUGGACAAAUUGCUGACCAUGAUGUUUUUAAAGCUUUGUCUGUAGUGGAAGAUGACAUCAUAGUUAAGAGGGAAAAAGAGCCAUUGGAAGAAUGGGUCAAGCCAUGGCAGACUGUACCACCUGCACCACUGUAUGGCGAAUAUACAGAACAGUGGCCAGCCGACACUGAAGAUUGUGGACAGGUACUAUUUGGAUGGCGGGGCCCACUUUUGACAGAAAAAACAGCAAUAAAGGAUCUCACUGCAUGUGCCGUUCUUCUGCGAUACCUUUGCGACACGGCUGCAGCUCCAUUACAGCGUUGUCUCGUUGAAAGGGAGGAUGCCCUUGCUGGUGAUGUCUCCUACAACCUGACGGAGAACCUGGCGCCGCUGAUCAAGAUCGAGCUGGACAACGUGCCAGUGAGGAAGCUGGAAGCGGCCCGCGACGAGGCGCGCAGGUGCCUAGCGUCCGUCCGUUCGGGCGACGAGCCCCUGGACAGCAGGCGCCUGGAGCGGCUGCUCCGCAAGCAGCUCAGGGAGAGCAUCGCCAGCCUCGAGUCGGAUCCGCACCAGGCGGUCGCCUUCCGCUGCAUCGGCGACGCGCUCUACUCGCAAAACGAACGCGACUUCAUUUCACGGAUGAACCCUCAACAAGUUUUAUUGGAACUACUGGAAGAAUCCACAGAUUACUGGAUGGAACUUCUCAGAAAGUAUUUCACUGAAGAAUCUGUUACCAUUAUUGGCUCUCCGAGUAUAGAGCUUCAAACUAAAAUGUCUGAAGAAGAAAAAAAGAGGAUAGAAGCACAAAGGGAGAAGCUUGGCGAGGCCGGUUUAGUAGAAAAGGGGAAACAACUAGAACAAGCAAUGGAAUUCAAUGAGCGGCCACCGCCUCCUGGCAUGCUGGCGUCAGUUCCGGUGCCGUCGUGCGACAACUUUAAGUGCCACAACAUCUCCACUUGGAGCACAGAUGGGCAGCCCUGUCCCUACUUCAAUCUCAAAGAAGUUCCGUUGUUCACGAGAUUGCAUUAUCUUAAGACCAACUUUGUGUAUAUAAACCUAGUUCUGGACAUGACGGACGCGGAGCAGAGCGCGCGGAAGUGGCUCACGCUGCACCUGAACGGGCUCGCUGAGUGCGCGGUGCGGCGCGGUGACGUCAUCGUGCCCCACGAGGAGGUCAUCUCCACGACGGAACAGCUCACCGUGAUGUUCAGCAACGACAUCGGCUUCGACCGCCCCGGCAAUUUCGCCGUCGGCCAGUUCGGCAACUUCGUGCACAUCGAGACCAGGUGCGAACCAACGGACUAUGAGGCAGUAGUGAAUCACUUGUACGAAGUGCUCUACUCGCCCGAAAUCACAAAGGAGCGACUGUUAGUAUUCGCCCAGAGGCUUAUCAAUGAUAGUGCACAGGUGCGUCGGAACGGUCACAAGAUGGUAUACGACACUCUGCGUGACGCCCUGUACUGCAAGGACAGCAACAUGCACUGGAGCGCAGUCCUACGGCAGCAGAAAUUCCUCAAGGAAUUGGUAGAGCAACUAAACGCGGGCGGCGACUCCGCCGAGGCUGCCCUUUAUGAAGCGAAGAAAACCUUCAAGAGCAUCGUCAGCAACGCCUGGCUCCACAUAGCGGCCGACUUCAAAAGAUACACUCUGCGCACGGAACCAUGGAAGCAGUUCGCUAGGGAGAAUGAGAUCACACCAAUACCGCCCAAGUUGUACUGGGAUGCGGAGCUGAUGUCCGGCUGGGGCGGCGGCUUCGUGGUGGGCGUGGGCGGCGUAGAGUCCUCGUUCGUGGUGCAGCUCAGCCCCGGCCCGCUGGGCUACGGGCUAGCCGACACCGCUCCCCUACUAGUCGCGCUCAACUACUUCACUCAGCUCGAGGGUCCAAUGUGGAGACUGAUCCGUGGAGGUGGGCUCUCUUACGGGUACGGAGUGCGUUCUGCUGCAGCAGAGGGCCGACUAGUGUUCUCGCUCUACCGCGCCACCAACACCGUUGCAGCCUACACCAAGGCCAAGACCAUUGUGGAAGAAUAUUUAAAAGAUGGAAAAUUUGACGAGGACUUGUUCGCUUCGGCAAAGAGCACAGCACUCUUUGAGGUGGUAGAAAACGAAAAAUGCCCAGCUGAUGUUGUAAAACAAUCACUCUUCAAUUACAUCAGACGCGUUGGCGAGAUGUAUAACAGGGACCUGGUGUGUGCGAUAGCGGCGGUGACCCCCGCGGACGCGCAGGCGGCCGCGGCCCGUUGGCUGCCCACCCUCUUUGAUCCCGACCAGAGCAAACUGGCAAUCGUAUGCCACCCUAACAAGGUCAACGACAUAAAGGCCGCUUUCGAAAAAAUUAAUAUCAAGGUGGAAGCCUAUGAGUCGAUGGAAGCAUCUCAUUUUAAUAAG